AACAGGUCCCCUUCGAAGAAGUAAAACCAAACUAGAGCGGUUGGGGGUUAGGUGGUUUGCCUUCUCUCCAUCUAACUCUUCUUGCUGGCUGCUUCUACUGCUGUUGUCCAUUCCUUCCUAACAUCUAAAAGUAAAACCUCUUUCUCUUCACUCCAGUUUUCUCCUCGUUUUUAACGAAAGGAAAAACAACCCCUAAUAACACAAAACGAAAGACAAUGCUGUCAAUUAGAUCAACCUUUAGAUCACAACUAAGACUGAGUUCUGUCACUCUCUCCUCGUUAUGUUAUUCAUCGUCAUCAGCUGCAGCAAUUCAAGCGGAAAAAACUAUCAAAGAUGGUCCCAGGAAUGAUUGGACGCGUCAAGAAAUCAAGGAAGUUUAUGACUCUCCUCUUCUUGAUCUCCUCUUUCAUGGGGCUCAAGUUCAUAGAUAUGCUCAUAAUUUUAGAGAAGUUCAGCAAUGUACUUUGCUUUCUAUAAAGACUGGUGGGUGUAGUGAGGAUUGUUCUUAUUGUCCUCAAUCUUCAAGGUAUAAUACUGGACUCAAGGCUCAGAGGCUCAUGACUAAAGAAACUGUUAUCGAGGCUGCUAAAAGGGCAAAAGAGGCUGGUAGCACACGUUUUUGCAUGGGUGCUGCUUGGAGAGAUACGAUAGGAAGGAAGACCAACUUUAACCAGAUUUUAGAUUAUGUGAAAGAAAUCAGGGGUAUGGGCAUGGAGGUUUGCUGUACCUUGGGCAUGCUAGAGAAGCAGCAGGCUGUAGAACUGAAGAAGGCUGGUCUUACAGCUUAUAACCAUAAUCUUGAUACCUCAAGAGAAUAUUACCCAAACAUCAUCACUACAAGAUCCUAUGACAAACGCUUGGAAACCCUUGAACAUGUCCGUGAAGCAGGAAUUAGUGUCUGCUCAGGGGGCAUAAUAGGGCUUGGAGAAGCAGAGGAAGACCGAGUUGGUUUAUUGCAUACAUUGGCAACCCUCCCUACACACCCAGAGAGUGUUCCAAUCAAUGCAUUAGUUGCAGUGAAAGGCACCCCUCUACAAGAACAAAAGCCAGUUGAAAUAUGGGAGAUGAUUCGAAUGAUUGGCUCUGCACGUAUAGUUAUGCCAAAAGCAAUGGUCAGAUUAUCAGCUGGGAGAGUGCGUUUCUCAAUGGCCGAGCAGGCUCUGUGCUUUCUUGCUGGUGCAAAUUCCAUCUUCACUGGCGAGAAGCUACUGACAACCCCCAACAAUGAUUAUGAUGCAGAUCAACUUAUGUUCAAGGUUCUCGGUUUGAUUCCAAAAGCACCCAGCUUCUCUGCCGAGGAAGAGAAGGCUUGUGCUUGUGAAGCAGAGCAUUGUCAGGAAGCAGUUUCAAGUAGUUCAGGUUGAAAUCACUUGUUCGAACAGAGUUUAUAUCUAAAUUUCAUCUAGGUUCUUUUUACCUUCAAUGAAAAUUGCCUAUGGCGUGUGACAAAUUUGAACUGCACUAGUUGGGUUCAAAGAACCUUGCAAAAGUGCAGGUAUUAGUAUUUUGCAGCAAUCUAUUAUGGUAACAUCAAGAAUGCAUAGCAAGGUGCUGCAACUUUUUACUUCGUUGCAGUAUUAUUGCCAUGCUGUGUUUAUAUCUAGACUAGAAUGAUCUGUUGUGAGUA